AUGUCGAGAAGGAGCUCUAGACGGCCCUCCUUCAGCUUCAUAAACAAACAACUCACUUCAGAAAAUCUCAGUUGUCCUUUAAGGAAAAGGCGUGGUAUAGAAGAUUGUACACUUUUGGGUUCUUGUCACGGUCUUAUACUAUUUAAUGUAAACAAGCAUAUUUACUUGUGGAUUCCUGCCACUCGAUUUUGCACCAAAGUUCUUGAGCUUUACCACUACAGAUGGGAUAAACUUGUUACACGUGGGGGACUUUGUUUUGACUCCUCCAAGAAUGAUUACAAGGCUGUGAUGUUUACCUACGAUGGGGGUCCCUCAGAGUGGGAUCAGUUUGUUGCAAUUGCUAGUCUCAAAGGCAAAAAAUGGAGGCAACUCAAAUUCGCUUAUGAUAUGAUUGCAGUCCGUGAUGGGAUUACAUUGCAUGGACGUCUUCACUACCGGUUCCAUAUGUUGCCCAUCCCUGAGCCUGAUCAAGAAGAGAAAGAGAAUAUUGUCGCUGGUUUAGGAGUUUUAAAUGAAUGUCUUUGCAUGACUCGUUUGAAACAUGAUGGGGGUCUUGAGAUAUUGGUCAUGAAGGAAUAUGGAAUUAAGGAAUCAUGGACAUCCUUACUUUUCAUAAAGAAAUUAGAAAUAUAUCAUUAUGGGUUUGGGUUGGUAGCGCCUUUUUCCGUGACAGAGAAUGAAAAAUUUGCUUUGAUAAUAGAUCAAAUUGAACGUAGAGUUGCUAUAUACAAUCCGAAGAAUGAUAAUAUGCAAGAUAUCGUGAUCGCAGAUGCGGAUAGAUCUAUCAUUACGUAUAUGGAGAGCUUGAUAUCGCCCAAGGGAUACUACUGGUGUGAGAAGCGGCACAAAAAGUACUUUGGAAGAAGAAAGCAACGUUAUUUUUGGAAUAAUAGGUUCUGA